GCGUAUACUUGAAAAUUCUCGAAAAUAUCAGUAGUGGGAAAAUAAUAACUAACUGAAGCGUUGGUAGGAGAGAGAGAACGAUACACUAUUUGUUUCACUUAGUCGGAACACCUUCCACUUUAAGAAACUGUCCAUAUAGAAAUAUUACGUAUGUGAUUCUGUCACAAAUAAUUUAGUGUCAUGAAUACCAUAACCUGAAAACAAAAUAUGUGCCUUUUGAAUGUGUACUUUUCUUUAAGAAAUAAUUUUUGUCAUGGGAUGAAAAACCUCCUAUUUUACAAAAAUGUUAAUAAAUUAUGCAAUGCAUCCAGUUCAAACUCUUUUAAAAUCUUAAAUAGAGAGUACGCUGCAGUUCAGUGUUUACUGCAGCGUUCAGGUUUAAGAGACAUAUCCCAAAUUUCUGGGUAUAUAAAUAACCGAAAACUUCAUUCUACUAAGAAGUUCGAUCAAGCAACAAAUCAAGGACCUUCAGAAAAUUCUGGGAAACCACCUGAUAGAGAUGAUGACAAGGAUAAAAUUUCGUCUUUACUUGCAAAAGCUUUUUUGUGGAUGCUAACUGCCUAUAUGUUUAUCGCAAUAAUGUCAUUAAUGUUUCCAGGAACUAAUCAACCAGAGAUAGUUCGAUAUGUGUCUUGGAAUGAAUUUUUGUAUCAAAUGCUGGCCAAAGGAGAGGUAGAAAGAAUUAUAGUAAGGCCAGAUAUUGAAAUAGUCACAAUAAUACUACAAGAAGGCGCUAUUGUUAAAGGAAAGAGAGUGGAAAAUAGAACGUUUCACAUGAAUGUGGUAGAUGUGAAUAAAUUUGAGGAUAAAUUGAGGGAAGCAGAAAGACGUUUGGGUAUAACAGAUGGAGUGCCUAUUAUUUAUGAAAGAAAUACUGACACCGCAGGAAAGCUACUCAUUUCAUUGCUCGUAGUAGGGUUGCUCAUAUCCUUAUUAGCUAGAAGCAAAAGCAUUCGUCCCCCAAUUAGUAUUGAUUCAAUAACACAAUUAGGCCGUGCUAAAUUUACCUUGAUUGAUCCAUUAAAGGGGCCAGGAAAGGGCGUACACUUCUCUGAUGUGGCUGGUUUAAGAGAAGCCAAAUUAGAAAUUAUGGAAUUUGUUGAUUAUUUGAAAAGACCUGAACACUACAAGAAUUUGGGAGCUAAAGUUCCAAAAGGUGCUCUUUUGUUAGGACCGCCAGGUUGUGGAAAAACAAUGCUAGCCAAAGCUGUUGCAACAGAAGCUAAUGUGCCGUUCUUAUCUAUGAAUGGAUCCGAAUUUAUUGAAAUGAUUGGAGGGCUUGGAGCAGCUAGAGUAAGAGAUUUGUUUAAAGAAGCUAGGAAGCGUGCUCCUUGCAUAAUCUAUAUAGAUGAAAUUGAUGCAGUGGGACGUAAACGAAGUGGUAGAUUGGGUACUGAAGGCAUCAGUGGUGAAAGUGAACAAACCCUCAAUCAACUGUUAGUUGAAAUGGAUGGUAUGGCAAGUAAAGAAAGUGUCAUCAUGCUGGCUAGUACAAACAGACCAGAUAUAUUAGACAAAGCACUAUUACGUCCUGGAAGAUUUGAUAGACAUAUUUUGAUAGAUUAUCCCGAUUUAGUAGAAAGGAAGCAGAUUUUCGAACAACACCUUAAAGGAAUUUCAUUAGAGCAAUCACCUGAAACAUAUUCUAAACGAUUGGCUUAUCUUACACCAGGUUUGAGUGGUGCUGAUAUUGCUAAUGUCUGCAAUGAGGCGGCACUACAUGCAGCUCGUAAAAAAAAGAAGAAAGUUACAAAGGAAGAUUUGGAGUAUGCCAUAGAGAGAUCAGUGGGAGGAACAGAAAAACGAAAUCAUGCUAUGUCACCACAGGAAAAGAGAGUUGUUGCGUAUCAUGAAUCUGGACAUGCUUUAGUAGGUUGGCUUCUGGAACACACUGAUGCUCUCCUUAAGAUAACUAUUGUACCACGUACGAGUUUGGCUCUUGGGUUUGCUCAGUAUAUUCCCAGAGAUCAGAAAUUGUAUACUAAAGAAGAAUUAUUUGAUAGAAUGUGUAUGACUUUAGGAGGUAGGGCUGCCGAGGCGAUAAUUUUCAAUAAAGUCACAACUGGUGCCCAAAAUGAUCUUGAAAAAGUAACGAAAAUGGCUUAUGCUCAAGUUAAAGAAUUUGGUAUGAAUAAGACAGUUGGUUUAGUUAGUUUUCCAGAACAAGAAACUAAAGAACUUGGGCGAAAACCUUACAGUAAAACAUUAACAAAUUUAAUAGAUGCCGAAGUCAGAACUUUAGUAAGUCAAGCUUAUCAAUAUACAGAACAAGUUUUAAGAAAAAACAAAGAAAAACUUGAAAAGUUAGCCGAAACUUUAAUUGUAAAAGAAACCUUAAACUACGAUGACGUUGAAAAGUUGCUUGGCCCACCACCUUUUGGCGAAAAGAAAUUAAUCGAACCUGCGGAAUUCGAGGAAAGUCUCAGAAAAGAUGCUGGUGAUUACGAUGUUUCAAAAAAUGAUAACAGUAGUGUAACUACUGCCAAAUCUUAGUUUUGUAUAAUAAAAAUUAUAGAAAAAUAUAGUAUCCAAUAGAAA